GUAAUUCAAUACAGAGCCAAAAUAUAAUGUGAGACAACUGACCGCUGCGCCUGUUGAACAGUUGGGCUGUAGUAUGCAUGUGGACACUGGACACUUUGACAUCAGACACUGACCGCAAGGAAUACCUAAAUUUUUCUACGUCUUUCUGGGAAUAAAAUAUUAGUUUAAUAUCAAAUGUGUGAAAUAAUAUUUAGUCGGAUUUUUCUUGGGGUUCCCGUACUUCUCCUCUGGAUGGCAGGUGGGCUGGCACAUGCCGCCUGUCCUCUUGAGCUCAACCCUCCCAGAUUGGUGGUGAGAUAUGGAGACUCAGUCUCAGUCAACUGCAGCACAUCAUCCACAGACCACGAGGGGAUGGGCUGGGAGGCCACAUUCGGAGGUACAGGUUUAGAACCGGAUGUCAUUGUUGUCACCUGGACUGUGAAGAAUUUGACAGACUGGACAAUAGAACCCAAAUGCUACCUCAAUCUCAAUGAUGGCGAACAACCCUUAAAAGUACUUCCAGUCAUUCUCUACAAGACUCCAGACAGAGUCUCCAUCUCUGUUCUGAGCCACUCUGGUCCCAUGGUGGAGGGGACACAGUACCAGCUGCAGUGUGACAUUCAGAACAUCGCUCCUCUACAGAACCUGGUUGUGAAGUGGUACAAAGGGAAUGAACCCUUAGAUAAUGUAACUUACAGUAACGUCAGUAAGAGACCAGAGGAUGUGUCAGCUACUCUGAUGAUCAGCCCAAGUAAAGAUGAUAAUGGAACUCAGUAUAGAUGUAGAGCAGAACUGGACCUGGGACCAGAGGGACCACAACCCCAUCCUACAGUGACAUCAGAACCUCUCAGCAUUACUGUGCACUACAAGCCAUGCAUCAAUGCAUCCCGACUGCCAGUGAGGAUACCUGUGUUCAGGGGCUAUCCUGAGGAGUUAGUGUGUGAGGCUGAGGGUUACCCACAGCCCAGGAUAAAGUGGGUCUAUGACCCAGCGAAGCAUGUCAGUGAGGCGGGAGGCAACCUGACUGUCUUUGAGGCAGGGCUCUACAACUGCACCGCCACCAACGAUGUGGCGAUGAGCUUCAUUGUGGUAGAGGUGGUUUUAAAUGAGGACUACCUGCCCCUCAUAGCGGGCUUCGUGGCCUUCAUGGUCGUGGUCAUCUCGGUCAUCUUUGUCGUCAUCUACUCCAUCUACUACAAGAACAACAAGAUGGGCCGCUACAGCCUGAAGAAGGCCAAGCUCAGCAGCACGCCCAACGGCAACGUGGCGCAGAACGGCGGCCGGGACACUCCGCUCCCGAUGACUAAACUGUCUCAGCCAAACAUCUACUUCUAGGAGAACGAGUUUUAUUGGGAUGGGCCACUGAAUGAAGAGCUCUCUUUCCCUGCUGAGAGACUAAGUGACAAAGUGAGAGACCAAGUGGUUGAGGUGGUUGAGGGGCUGGUCACAACUCAUUCAGCUGUCAGAUGCAGAUCUGGAUUGUGAUAGUUGGGAGUGUCUCCUGACUCUCCUCCAACCUCCCUGUGCUUCAUAUGCACUCCCUUUCCUUUUUAGCACUAAGAUUUGAAGUACAGAUCAGUCCCUCUAUUUCCCCUUCUACUGAAGAACCUGAUGAGAUAGAAUAACCUCUGUUUUUAGUGUGAGUUAUAUGAUCUAUUCUACACAUUCAAAGUGUCGCUGAUCUUUUCUCGGAAGGACACGAAGAGGCAGCAAAUGGACAAGGUGAAAACUUUUUGGGAAUUGGCUGAAUUGAAAUAUAUGUUUUAUAUGACUGGUUUUGAAAAAACUGGUUUGUGUUGCAUAAGCACCAACGAGGGAAUUGUUAUGUCAUUUUGAAUGUAUUUUUUUUUGUUUGGUCUGAUGACAAUGUAAUUUCUGUCACAUUAAGCAAUUGCUUGAAGAGCAGCACAUGGUUGAAAGUUUGAGAAUGUCUCCUUUGCCUGGAUGUGAUGUCUUGCUUGUGACAAGAAGCUUGGAGUGUAAACCUGCAGUACAAUGGAGGCUGCUGAGGGGAGGACGGCUCAUAAUAAUGGCUGGAACGGAGUGGAUGGAAUGGCAUCAAACACGUGGAAACCAUGUUUGAUGUAUUUGAUACCAUUCCACUAAUUCCACUCCAGCCAUUACCACGAGCCCGUCCUCCCCAAUUAAGGUGCUACCAACCUCCUGUGCAACAGUAGAUGCAUACAACCUCUUUAGGUUGUGAGCACAAUGAUCACUGAAACCAAUUAAUGUAGCCUACAUGUGAAAAGUAUUAUUUCCCCGGAGUACGGAUUAUAUCGUGACAUGAAGGGGGUCUCCAUUUUUUUACACGACUUCCUACAUUUUUGGGGGGGGAACUAAUAGUAAAGAUGUAUUGCAAUGGUAAACAUUAUUACCUUUUAAUGUGUCAUGAACACAAACAGUCAUGAUGCGUUCAUCUGAUUCUCAAAGAAAUCACUUCAAAAAUGAAGCUACCUGUGCACUUUUGUCCACAAAAUAAUUCCAGCUUCCAACAGUGCACCCGCCAUUUCAUGAAGGGAAAGAGACAUCUGUUACAAAACACCAAAAAGUGUGAUGACAUUCGGUGAUUGUCAGGAAGCCUACAUUCUUGUAGCCUGAAUUCAUUGAUGCGUCUUGCUGACAAAUUGACAGAAAAAAAUAUAUAAAAAUCUGGACACCAGAAAAGGGGCUGAAAUACAGGAAGCAACUACAGCUGUCUGUCCCAAGCUCAUGCGAGGGCCCAGUUGAAACAUUGUUGCAAAGCUCAAAACAGACAUCAGAGAGGCAGACAGGCGGAGAAUGAAUGCGAUUGAAAGAAGAGUGGGGAAAUCAUUUAGGGGAGCUCAUGUCUCAUUUGGGGGUCAGAGCAACUCUGUUACUACUCUACACUGUUCCACUGCAUCUGGAGUGUUCAGUGUUUUAACUGCAUCACAGUCAUGCCUGACUGCAUGUGAGUUCUGAAUGUGUGGAGUUACAGGCUGGUGGAUCACCGUCCAAACUGCAGCAACUACGCGAUGCCAUCGCGCCAGCAUGGACCAACAUCCCUGUGGAACGUUUUUGACUUGUAGAAUCCAUGUCCCGAAUAAUUCAGGCUGUUCUGGAGGCAAAGGGGGGUCUGACCCGGAACUAGAUUGGUGUACCUAAUAAACUGGCCAGGGUGUGUAUAUAACUACAAUGUAAAUGCAUACGUUUUAGGCUACUUCAUGUAAACUCAAAGCCUUUUGUGUAUGUAAUAUAAAAUAUAGAACUGUAUAUUUAUUAAAGUCUGUAAAAAUGAGUGCCUCAACAUUUAAGGGCCCAUAGAGUACCUGGCGAAUAGAUUGAAAGGGGGAGGGGGGAGCUUAUAGGGAAGGAGAGAACAAAUCAUAUUGUACAAAGGGAUGGUCAGUAUCGAAUUUCUAUCAAUAUUGGUCCUCUGGUUGUUAGGAGAGAAAGUAUCUCCCCUGACCCCUUUCGCCACUGUAUGUAGUCUACACAAACUUCUGUUGAGAUCUUUUGUUUCACAGUCCUCUCAUGUCAAUACUACUGUAUUAAGAAACCUUUUGUAUAAUAUUGCUUUGAGUUAUCAUUAAAAUAUUGAGUUUUUUAUUAUGAUAA